AUGACCGAGUAUGAUUACGGGAGCAACGUCACCGAGUCCCUGGGUGGGGAGGAGAACGAUUUGUCCAUCAUCCAGCUGUGCGGGCUGGUGGAGGAGCUCAGCUAUGGAAACUCUGCCCUCAGAAUUGAGACAGAGAUGUUUGAGAAAUACUACAAUAAACUGGAGUCCAGAGAUCAUCCACGCACAAGAUUAUUAGAUAUUAAAAUCUCAGUCACUGAAUUCUCACAGUUACGAGCCAGGCGGAAAUCCAAAUUCCGGUCAGGUAUAGACCAGGUGGUAAGCCUCACUACCAACCAAAAAUAUGAGCUCGUGCAAAAAGAGCUGGAGGAUAUGAAGGAAGACAUAAGGCACAUGAGGGCCAAUGCUGAACGGGACCUGCAGUACCAUGAGGCCAUCAUUGAGGAAGCAGAAAUCCGAUGGGCUGAAAUUCAGAAAGCAGUGUACGAUUUUAAAAAAGAUAUCCUGAAAACCAUAUCCAAGAAGAAAGGGAGUAUUUUGGCCACUCAGAAAGUGAUGAAGUAUAUUGAAGACAUGAACCGCAGGAGGGAUAGUUUAAAGGAUAAGUUACGUUUGAAAAAUGUUUCUCUCAAAGUCCAGAGGAAAAAAAUGCUUUCACAAUUGAGGCAGAAGGAAGAGGUAGGCGAGGCCCUCCAUGAUGUGGACUUCCAGCAGCUGAAGAUUGAGAAUGCUCAGUUUUUAGAAACGAUUGAAAUAAGGAAUCAAGAACUGAUCCAGCUGAAACUGGUGUCUGGAAAUAGUCUACUGAUCCUCAACGCUUACAAAGGCAAGCUUCAUCAUGGAUUGGAAAUGUCUGUCAAUCUGGACAAGGAGAUGUUGCUGAGAAAUGAGUUACUAAAAAGAAUUGAAAAAGAAACUGAACAAGCAGAGGAGGACCGGGCCAAAGCUGAGUUCUUGAAUAAGAAGUUACGGAGGCAGCUGGCUGAGUACCGAGCACCCCCGGUGAUGAUGUAUGUCCAGGAGAAGAUGACGAAUGAGGAGCUGGAGAAGGCCAUCAAGACGUGGGAGAGGAAGGUUGAAAUCACAGAGAUGUCUUUGAAAGGCUACCGCAAGGCUUGGAACAAAAUGAAAACUGCUUAUGAACAGUUAGAGGCGAUUGAGUCCUCUGGAAAAUAA